GUAUACAUGCAAGUGGGCGCUGGGAUUGGGUAUAAAGGGCAUUCCUGUCUGGGGUACAAAUGCAAUUGUUUCAAAAAACCCUCAGUGCCUCGCGGCCGGUGCGAGGCGUGAACAGUGGACGAAUUGCGAAACAAUGCAGUUGGCCUUCUAUGUGGGUCCGGCGGGAGUUUUUUGGUUGACAAGCUCGGUUGUAUUGUACGUGCACCCCGUCAAACGAGAGCGGAGCUGCGCCUUGCCUCGCUCCUGGUAUUGGUGUCAGCGUCUUUGUGUCGGUCGAUAUGGGGAACGCGUCAUCCAUGCUCACGCAAUAUGAUAUCGAGGGGGUGAUGGAGCACUGCGGGGGAAAGUGCAUCAACCGAGCGUGGCACGUAUCAUCACUGAAUCUCGAUACAACCAACAGUCGAGCAGUCGCCUGUUGAUUGCAGCAGCACCAGAGGCGAGGAGUAAAGGAGCAAAGGAGGAUGCGGGUGGUUUCCAGUGGGAAAGAGCAGAUGAUUCUGGUAAUCGAGCGACUCCUUGAAGAGAAUUAAUUUAGCUUGGGCGCCCGACGGGCGUGAUUGCUUUGCUUGCUGUCACAGGUCGUCGGGAGUUAACUUGUUGCUGAGACGGGUCAGCUUGGAGUUUUAUCUUUUAACUUUCUUGGUGUCUUGCAGGUAGAACGACCAUGCGGAUGUGCUAGCUAUCAGAGCUCGAGAGGUACAUUUUCGUCCUCGCCACACACGAGGAAGGGUGGGGCGUUUGGAGAGGGGGGGGGGAGAGAGAGAGAGAGAGAGAGAGAGAGAGAGAGAGAGAGGCGUUUUUUCGCUGUGAGAUUUUCUCCGACCUGGCGAUGUCCUUUCCAUGGAACUCCAUUAACAGGUGCAGGAGGAGGUGGUGAAGGUUAAGUCGAUCUUUUUCUGGCGGGGUCGCCCUACUGUUUUUGUUCCUUCCCUUUUCUGCGUUCCGGCGCGGCUGUACGGUCGAAGUUCUUUUGAUUGCUGAGUAUUAAUUAGCCGAUCAACUUAUACAAUGUCCGAGAAUCGCACCUCCUCUUCUUGCCGUGAGCGACGGAAGCGGAAAUGGGAUGUCCCGGGUUCCGAGGAAUCAACGGCGUCCGCAUCGGUUUCCUCGUCGGCAGCGGUGACGCCCGCCCCCGUUGUCCCGAGUCUGCUUCCUCUCGUGGGUGCCUUGCCGGGUGUGUUUCCGUCAGCCGCGGCAGCCGCCGUGGAGCCGGUGGUGGCCGCAGCCGUGGUGCAGCAGAGUGCGGUGGCGAUCGUUCAGAAGAUAAAUCAAGGGCUGGCAGCGCGCGGUGUGCUUCCUCCGCUGAAAGCUCAGGAUGAGGUCGUUGCCAAGGAAAUCGUCAUUAACGACGCGGAACCGGGAGUGAGGUAUAAACUGACUAAGCGCCAGACGCAAGAGGACAUACAGAGCAAAACGGGGGCCGUCGUCAUCACUCGUGGAAGGUAUAAGGCGCCGGGAACGGCUGCCGAUCCUGGAGGGGAAAAGCCACUGUAUUUGCACAUCUCGGCGGGAGUCCAUCUCAAGGACACGAAAGAUAAGGUGAAAGCCGUCGAUCAGGCGGUGGCCAUCGUUGAGGAAAUGUUGAAGAUCGGGCGGUUUGCGCCACCGUCGGCAGUCGCAGCUUCAGCAGCAGCAGCGGGAGGCGCAGGCCAAGCUGGAAGUGGAUUGGGAGGAUCAACUACUGGAGGCCAAGGCCAAACCAAUCCCCUGUACGGGCAGGCUCCGCUUUUCUAUCAUCACUCCACAGCAGGCUCGUCCGCCGUCACGUCCGGCGGCGGUUCUACUCCCCUGACUGCGGUGGUCUAUGCGGGCUUCGAGGCGGACCGGUCGUUCAAUCUGGGUGGCCGCGUUCGUGGCCCAGAUGACCGAUUCAUCGACCACAUCGCGAAGGAGACGGGCGCCGCGGUUGUGCUCAGAGGUAUGGGCUCGGGGGAACGAGACCCGAUAACGGGUCAGGAGAUGCUCGAGCCACUCCAUCUUCAUAUCACGUGCAGCAGCCAGAAGGCGCUAGACGAAGCGCGAUGGCUGGCAGAGAAUCUGAUGGACACGAUCAGGAACGAGUAUUAUCGUACGAAUGCAGUCACGGCUCCCAACCAAUCGAUGAUCGAGAACCCUAACCAUCGGGGUACAACGUCCAGAGUCUCGCAACAACUUCGCAUGGGUACAACAGAGAAUCAUUCUUCCUCGUCCGGAUACGGAGCAUCAGGGAUGCCGGUGUAUGGUACUGCGAUCCCGGCGUAUCAUCAGGUCUAUCCUGGAGCGGGGGUGGGUGGUGCAGCUGGUGGCGGCUUUCCCCUAGGGUUAUCGCCUGGCGUGCUUCAUUCGGCGCCGUUGGCGGCGGGGUCGGGCAUGGGGAGGAGCUCAUCUAAUACGGUUGCGAUGGACUGGGGGCCGAUUAGAGGACCCAACGUGAGUGUGACUACGACCGCUGCCGUGGCAACAGGGACGAAACGUUACUCCGCUGUGCCACCCCCGCCACAGCUUUUGGCUGAGCAGAAAGCCUUGGGUGAAGAUAGCGAGCGGGUGAACCAAGCGGCGGCGUCCGCUUCGAGGUCGGGGAGUGAGUCAUCGGCGAUCGCCAGUGCCUCGUCUUUAACGAAAGCCGCGGGGCGCGGUACAGAAAGCUCGUCGUUGGCGAAUACUAGUAGCAGUUCCUCCUCUUCCUCGUCUUCUUUGUCGUCCUCUUCCUCGGGUUUUGGUUCCAUCUCGACGUUGUCGUCAUCGUUGUCCUCGUUAUCGAAGUUAUCAGCAGCAGCGGCGGCCGCGCUCUUUGUCGGCGCUGCUUCUUCCUCCGGAUUGAGCGCCCAGCCCCACUGCAUGAUAUCCACUUCCUAUGCUGCGCAGUCUCCGGCGUCGUCAUCUGCGGCGGCGCCGUCGCCGUAUAGCUACGCCGGAUACGCAGUACGUCCGCUCAUGGGAACCGCGCCCGGCCCGUUUCCUUUCUGCCAGCCAAACACGACUCUGUCCACUCACUCGUUGCCCGCCUCCUUCGGCGCCGCGUUCCUUCCGGGUCCUCCACCUCUCAGUGGCAGCCAAGCUUGGGCUUAUCAGCACCCGUCGAGUGGCGGCAGUUCGUCUGCUCAGACUCUUCAGCGUCCACCCCCUCCAGUGUCGGUGAACUACAAGACUACAUCCGCGUCGUCGAGCGGGGUUGCGGGUUCGUCCUCAUCUCACGGUCCUGGCGGCUCGGCGCGUGGCUCCGAUGGCAAGCACUCAGACAGUGCUCAUCCGCCGCAGAAGCGCAGGUUCCAAGAGUUUCCCAAGGAGCAGAUACCUAAAGCGGCCGAGUCCAACAAGGAGAAGGAUGAUCAUACUGGUCGACAUCGACAGGAUGCUACUGUCGCUGGGCUUUGCUCGGCAGGUUCCGCAAGUGCAAAUUCAGCUGCUGAUCACGUGAGCUCAGCUCAAGAUCAAGCGAGGCUGCUGAGUACGACGGGUCCUGGUGGAGGGGUUCCGAUGAUGAUGAGCAAGGACGCUGUGGAUGUGGCCCCGCCCCCAGGAGCACAUGCUUCCUUGUGGGGUUCGAGCAAGACGGGAGCUAUCACCACCUCCUCUCCUCCGAGGCCGGCUGCCCAGGGGGCAGCAGAGUACGGGGCGAGAAAUUGGCAUGCUGUGCAAGGACUCCCGUCGUCGUUUUCGAAGUCUACAAUGAAUCCUCCCUCCUUUACUGUGAACCCUGCGUUUUCACAUUCUCCGUCAAAUAUCCCACCGCUGCCGUCGGCGGUUGCUAGUCAUCAUUCGAUGGGGCUGGCCUUGUCGGCAGGAUCGAGAUCGGGAGCGUCCGGGAGUGAGGAGAAGUUGAAGCUGGUGGACUAUGGAGAGGAGGAAGAAGAUGACACUGGCGGCUUGUUUUCAUCUUCGGGCAAGGGGGCAUCUCCGCUUCCGCGGCUCAAUGGAUCGGCGGCAACCGCCUAUGGGAAACGCUACGGGGCGGCGUGAGGAGCUUCACCACAUCAGCACAGCGCUGUCUUUCGGUUGAGUUAGAGGAGAAAUUGGCGACGUACGCGCUAAGUGCAAGCGCUCCUGGCCUUCAAGCGAAAGGCUCGCUGACAUCAGUCUCCUGUGAUGCUGACUAUUUUGCUGCCUUGCAGGAACAUUUUGUGGUUCUUCUUAGCACUCUGGCUCUGCUCUUGGCUGUUUUUGGCCUGUAGCCUUUCUUGUAUGGACGAUUUGUACUUAUUGGCAAAACAGUG